CUUCGGUUAUUUUCACGAUGAAAUCAGUCAUAAUACUUUGUUUUGUAUUGGCCUUGGCUACGAAAAAUGGACAAGCCGGCGUGGUCAAUAAGGAUCAAAUUCCCCUACAAAGCCAGUUAAACGAACAGAUGCACCAAGGGCAGAUCGAACAACAUCAACUUCAACAACAUCAAUUUCAACAGCAGCUUCAACAACAUUUCCAGGCGCAACACCCGGAAUCCGGUAAUUACGAUCAGCAAAACCAGGAAAGUUUCGACCACCACCAGCACGAAUCUUACUAUGGCAGUAAUGACAUAAAUCAGCACGAAGCUCAAAUACAUGAACAAGCGUUAGGAUCUCAUCAGGAAACAGGAGGAGACAGUUGGCAUGGUUAUUCUGGUGGUCACAGUGCAGAACAAAGCCAUUCGUCCGCAGAAGACUUUGGAAAUUUGGGCAACCUAAUAGCUCAUGGAAUCAACCUAGGCUCGCACGAUGCCGAACAGCAGGGACAUCAGGAUUUCCAACCCAAAGUAGAAAUCCAAAACGAACACAUUCCUACUCACACUAUCGAAAAAACCCAGCACGUUCCGGUUGAAGUAGUAAAAAAGGUCGGAGUACCCGUCCCGCAUGCUGUUGGAGUACCAACUCCUCAAAUUAUUAAGGUGCCAGUACCCCAACCCUACGCCGUUCACGUGCCUGUACCGCAUCCUAUUCAUGUUCCUAUUUACAAGUUAGUACCUCAGGAGAUCGAGAAGAGAGUUCCUAUUGAAGUUCAAAAAUUGGUGCCGGUUUAUGUGGAGAAGCCGGUGAAAAUCGAAAUCGAGAAGCACCACGUCGAGUACGUAGAGAAGCCCUAUCCAGUGCACGUGCCCGUUUACAAGCACGUUUUACAUUCGGGCGGCCACAAAAAAUGGUGAAAGACUGAUUCCAGUUGACUGACGAAUUUUUUCGACAACUUCAUAAUUUCCACUAAUUUC